AUGCCGAGCUUGGAAGUGAUGGGGCCGUCGGAGGAUUCGCAAGGACUCGAACGACCACGCCUGAGGUCUCGCAAGACACUCCCACGGCGGGGUGUAAUCGUUCCUACCAUCGAAGUCAUCCAACCGGUCUCUCCGGAUCAGAAUGCGAAACCUACAGCAACACCCGCGCCUCCCUUGACACCCCCGGGUGCGGGCCCAGAUCAAGUCGCGGGUAACGAACGCACGCUCCAAAAGAUGGAUUCCUCCGUCUCAGAUCUUCCAACAUCUGGGAUGCUGACUCCUCGCCAGCCCUCCAAGCCUCCGACGCCCGACGUGACACCCCCGCGAACGAACUCGAAUAAGCGACCUAUGUUGAACCAGUUCGGUCAUUUGUCCUCGUCGUCUCGGGCAGAUUCAUUCCAAACGGCUUUGGAGAGUAUUUCGUCGGAAGAAGAUAUGGAUACCCCGGUGCGCAUGUCUGAGACCGCGACCCAGUCGGCAAGACAAAGAAGGCAACCUCCAAAGCCACAUUCUGCAAAUAUAAAAGGAACUCCACAGGCUAAUUCCCAAAAACAUACUGACGUCAAAGAGGACACUCCAGUCGCGUCUCUUGAUGGGGAUUGGGCCGCAACACCGGUCGAUGGGUCGCCAACACCGUUAGCUAGAAAGCGAAAGUCUACGCAGAACAACAGUCAAUCAGUCCGUCAACUCGAAGGGGAUGCGCUAAAUAUAAAGCGUUUAGAUGCAUCAUUGAUGCGGGAGAAGAGUCUGCGAGACCGGAUUGAUGUUUCGGCGCACGAACUCAAAGCAAGUCCUUCCAUGGAGCAGUUUCGUGAGGACAUUGGGUGGCCAUCAUCAGAGGGCCCGGGGAGACACAAUGGCCCCGAAGCCCGCCCUUUGUCGGCCGUCUCCUCAACUUCAACUGUCGAGGCCAUGAUCAUUGAUUCUCCCAAGCGAGCUCAGCGAAUGCUCCGGCACACCGAAAAAAGGAGCUCCCUGCGAUCUGCCAGUUCCCCAAUAACAAGAUCUGAGCGUACAUCUUAUGGGUCUCUCCCAGGAUCACAGCAUCGCCUGAUUCAUAAAGCUGCUCGCAUUUCUGAUCAGUCAUUAAAGGUGUCGCCUUCAGCCAGGACCAGCAACAGUGCAAUAAUAAAUCCCGAUAUUGAAACCAUCAACGUGGUAGUCAUACCGGAAAGGAGGUCAUCUCUCAACUCGCGCCCGAACAGUUAUUCCUCUUCAAAGCCGGAAUCUCAACGGUCAGUUCGUCGCCCUCCGACAAUAUCGACUGUUCACACAGAGGUCUCACGACAAACGAAACGUACCAUGUCAGACUCGUUGUCGAUCCAAUCCCGUGAGACCGACUCUAGGAGUCGUUCAAUGAGAAGACCCGCCAUUCCACCCCGGAGUUCGUCACUAUCUGCACCCACGAGUAGGGACAAUUCUCGAGCGCCUUCUCUCACUUCCAAUGUCGUGCAAUCUCGCCCCAUAGAGCGUCCUGUCGUGCCACGUCGAAGCUCUUCGCUUUCGGCACCGACAAAUCGGAAUACGUCUCGCACGACAUCUCUUACCACCGACAGUUUGCGAAGCCACGACUUGGCUAUAGAUCUUGAGAUGCAAAAGCGGCGCGAUAAUCAGCCGGUAUCCCCGCCUCGCCACAAUGUUUUAGCUUCGCCUGACCGGCAUGGUCUACUCGAGGUUCCCACUAUGCACAACGUCUUUGGUGGUUCCGACGAUGAUUUGGCGACCCUGCAUCCUCCAUCUUUGCCCUUCACCCAAAGCUCGAUUCCCUCAUCUUCUCCCGGGCCCAUCGAGAUACAGGAGGCUACUGCCAUCAGUCUGUUCGCGCACAACAAUCGAUCUCUGCUGCUUGUCGAUCCUCGGGGACAGCCUUCCUCGCAACGUCCUCUCCAAGCGCGUAGGAUAUCUCCGGAUCAGGUCCACCCUCGCACACCCGACCGCAAACCAUCUCCAAUGGGGAUAAUCAGCGUCUACUCUCCCUUAAAGAAUCCUCGCACCCCGCCUAAGCCCCCAAUCACUAAGCCUCUCCCUCCUAUCCCUUCGCAAGUCGCCCAAAAUGAGAACCAAGGUCUCAGCCGACGAUGGAGCUCCGUCCGUCGUCCCUGGCGCCCUCGAUCAGAUUCGUUCAACUCCAUCGCGCGGUCAUUCUCCAUGCACUCAGCCAAGAACCGAACCACAGGAAAAGACCUGGACAGUCGUCUUCACCCAUUCUGGCGCCCCCGCGGAUUCUGGGAAGAUGUCCCCAGCUCCCCGGAGAAGGAACCCUCGCGGCAGCCUGCUCCGGGGCCCGACGAAUCCAUGGUCAUCAGCAACUCGCUCGGCCUACCCCAGCGACGCAUCAUCUUCGAUGGCCCGCCCUCCCUCGCACGCCGCAGUCCGGAACUAAAACGUCUCUUCGACGGGAUGACCAGCCACGGAAGCUUGGUUGACCAAGGCAUGUUCCGAAGUGGAACUCCACUCCACCCGAGACGAUUCCGAGCUCUCUCACGCUGGGGAGUGCGACUGCAGUCGGUUUCAUGGCGCAAUAUGCGCAAUCGUCUGCGGCGUGUACGCCAGCGCAGGGAUGAGAGGAAACGGGCUGUUCGGAGGGAAACCCUUAAACAGAGUAUCGGCGGCCCUGUUUAUAUAGCCUCCAGUGCGAGUGCUACGACUGGGGUGGCUGCUGGAUGA